UCUGGCAGUCCGCCGAGACCUCGCCGCGCUCACAGCCUUCGGACUCCAACACACGACGUUCACAGUCGUAGGGUCCCGUCUGAACCAAGGCGAGAGAGAGAGAGAGAGAGAGAGAGAAAGGGGGAAACUUUUAGCAACCUUCUCAUUUCAGUUUUUACCGUCAUUUUAAUCACAGUCCAACCCGAGCUGGCUUUGGAUGCAGCUUUACACAUGAAACUUAAUUCAACUUUGCUGAUUUCGCCCGCGAUUAAAAACCAAAACAAACAAAAGACUUUCAGCUGAGUUUUUAAAGAAGUUUUUACUCCAAUGUUUUGUUUGCCUCUAUUUUUACAGGGGAAUUGUGGAACGACGCGCACACUUUACAAAUAACUAAGAAGAAAGGAACACUUGAAAGGGAAAAGUUUUCGGACAGCUGGCGGUUUUUGCUUUUGCUCAUUUUCUUUUGAAGGCAUAGCAUAUUUUAACAGUAAUUUGUACAGAACAGCCAAGGUUCACAAAGGCCCAAGCACUGUAUACUAAAAGUUCAGUUAGCGAGUUAGCUAAUCAACAAACUUGCUAACUUAACUUUAGUUCAGCAGCGAAGCGCAAGGGAAAACAGGGAACGAGCCGUAACAACGCUGCUCCAUGAGGAAACCCAGCGUGGGAGUUGAAAAUCUCUUUAAACGUUGAACAUUUGUAACCUCUCGUUAUUACAACUCUUGUCUUAUUUAACUAUCAAAAAUGAAGAGGAUAACAGUGUUGUCUGUAGUUUGCACAUUGGCCGUGAUUUUUGCCUCGGCAGCGGCUGAGCCGAAGUCUAAAAGCUGCAAUGAAGUCCGACUAGCGUACAGUUCCAAAGGUUUCAACCUCAAUGAUGUUCCCAACCAAGGAGUGAACGGUGCCCACCUGAAGGUGUGUCCGCAGGGAUUCACCUGCUGCACAGUGGAGAUGGAGGAGAAGCUGAGUCAGCAGAGCCGCUCCGACCUGAAGGCCCCGGUCAGCCAGCUGAGCUCCAACCUGCAGAGCACCUUCACCCAGCGGCACCGCCACUUCGACCAGUUUUUCCGGGAGCUGCUGAACAACGCCGAGCGCUCGCUGCACGACAUGUUCGUGCGCACCUACGGCCUGAUGUACGUGAAGAACGCCGAGCUCUUCAAGCACUUCUUCGCCGAGCUGAAGCGCUACUACGCCUCGGGCAGCGCGGCGGUCAACCUGGACGCCAUGCUGGCCGACUUCUGGGCCGAGCUGCUGGAGCGCAUGUUCCGGCUGGUCAACGUGCAGUACGAGUUCUCCGACGCCUACAUGGAGUGCGUCAGCCGCCACACCGAGCAGCUCAAGCCCUUCGGCGACGUGCCGCGCAAGCUCCGCCUCCAGCUGACCCGCGCCUUCGUGGCCGCCCGCACCUUCACCCGCGGCCUGGCGCUCAUGCAGGACGUGGUGGCCAAAGUCUCCACGGUGAGCGCGUCUCCGGGCUGCGUCCGCGCCGCCAUGAAGAUGCUCUACUGCCCCUACUGCUCCGGCCAGGUGGCCCUCAAGCCCUGCCAGAACUACUGCCUCAACGUGCUGCGGGGCUGCCUGGCCAACCAGGCCGACCUCGACACCGAGUGGAACAACUUCCUGGAUGCCAUGCUGAGUUUGGCAGAAAGACUGGAGGGGCCGUUUAAUUUCGAGUCUGUGAUGGACCCGAUCGAUGUGAAGAUCUCCGAUGCCAUCAUGAACAUGCAAGAGAACAGCAUGCAAGUCUCACAGAAGGUGUUCCAGGGGUGUGGCCAGCCAAAGCUAGCCAUGGGUUUCCGGUCCCGGCGCUCCGUGAAGGAGGGCGGCUUCACAGGUCGGUUCCGCCCUUACAGCCCUGAUGCCCGGCCCACCACCGCAGCGGGAACCAGCCUUGACAGACUGGUGACGGAUGUGAAGAAGAAGCUGAAACACGCAAAGAAGUUCUGGUCCACGCUGCCAGAGACGGUGUGUGCCGGGGAGAGGGUGGCGCCUGGGGACGAGUGCUGGAAUGGCACUGCCAAGAGCAGGUAUGAGUCAGUCGUCAUGGGUAACGGCCUGGCCAAUCAGGUAGCCAACCCAGAUGUAGAAGUCGACAUCACAAAGCCGGACAUGGUGAUUCGCCGGCAGAUUGCUGUGCUGAAGGAGAUGACCAGCUGGCUGAAAGCGGCCCACAGCGGCCAUGACAUCUCCACUGGCCUCGACGAUGACGGCAGCGGCGGAGAGGAGAGCGGGAGCGGCUGCGACUCUCCCUCCUGUGAGGAGGACCGGGACAUGUACUUCUCCACCGCCGCCCCCGAGAAACCCCGCGUGGUCCAGGUGGUGCACGGGGAGAGGGAUUCCACCAGCGCCGCCCCUGUGGCGCGGGGCGGCAUUGCGCUGGCGCUGGGAGGGCUCGCCCUGGCCCUGCUAACCCCCCACUGGAGAUAAGAGCGGAGAUGGAGAGGGAGAUUGUGAGAUCGGAGGAGGGAGAGAAGGGGGGACUGUCAGAGACGACAUUAAAUACUGCCUUCAGGACCUCUGUCUGCCUGCCGUCUGGGGAGGACUCUGAGUUAUUAAUAUUGUAAUAACUUCACUUUUGAUGUUUUUGUUUUUUUGUUUUUUUUUUGUCAACGGACAUCAGUGUACAGCAAUGGGAUAUUUCCUUCCAAUAUUUCUUUUUUUUAUUUGUUUCUGUUAUUGAGUUGCCUUUUAUUUUCUUGAAGCCCUAAAAUUAGGUUUCCCCUGCAACAUCAACAGUGUUGACAUUUUAACAUAGUAUCUCUUCAUUUUGUUUUUUUAUUGGGUUUCUUUGAGAUUGAUCAUCUGAGAAAGGUAAUGUUGGGUGUAUUUGAGAGAGA